AUGUCUUCUUUGGGGGCUUCCGUGUUUGGUUUGAGUUUGUUAUUCCUGUUACAACUGGUAGACAUCACGACGCCCGAGUACUUGGUGAAAACGGAUCAGAUCAACCGGGAAGAACUGAUCAGCACUACGUUGGAGUGUUUCCUGUAUCUGAAUCUUCCACCGGAGCGUAUUCGACUGUAUCAGCGAGGGAUAUUCCCGAAUGAUCCGCCCACUUGGUGUUUGGUGCGCUGCGUUUCGUUGAAGCUGGGCCUUUACAGCGAUCGUCAUGGACCACGAGUCGAUCAGCUGUUUCGGUGGCUAGGCAUUGGGGGAUCGUGUCGAAGUGAAUCGUGUCUUCUGCAGAGAGCGUAUCGGUGCGUCGAAAAGAAGAUGGUCAAGUAUCUGGACACUUGUCAGAGAGCUUAUCACACCAUGAUCGGCUGCUUUGGAUCAGAGAUCGUGCACUAUCUGAAUGGAUCGAAUGAUCGAGUGGCCGAAGGAGCGAGUUGUGACGAUUGCUACCGAAUGUACGACGAACUUUAUCGAGCAAGUUUGGAGAAUUGCAACUGCAAUUGCGAGAGCAGCUGA